AUGACUAUUCAUAUCUAUCUAUCUAUCUAUCUAUCUAUCUAUCUAUCUAUCUAUCUAACACUAUUGAUAUCUAUCUAUCUAUCUAUCUAUCUAUCUAACACUAUUCAUAUCUAUCUAUCUAUCUAUCUAUCAUCUAUCUAUCUAUCUAUUCUAUCUAUCUAUCUAUCUAUCUAUCUAACACUAUUCAUAUCUAUCUAUCUAUCUAUCUAUCUAUCUAUCUAUCUAUUCACAUCUAUCUCUCUACUAUUCACAUCUAUCUCUCUGUUCUAUCUAUUUAUAUAUGACUAUUCAUAUCUAUCUAUCUAUCUAUCUAUCUAUCUAUCUAUCUAUCAAAGACUAUUCAUAUCUAAGACCAUUCAUAUCUAUCUAUCUAUCUAUCUAUCUAUCUAUCUAUCUAUCUAUCUAACACUAUUCAUAUCUAUCUAUCUAUCUAUCUAUCUAUCUAUCUAUCUAUCUAUCUAUCUAAGACUAUUCACAUCUAUCUCUCUACUAUUCAUAUCUAAGACCAUUCAUAUUUAUCUAUCUAUCUAUCUAUCUAUCUAUCUAACACUAUUCAUAUCUAUUCUAUCUAUCAUCUAUCUAUCUAUCUAUUAUUCAUCUAUUUAUAUAAGACUAUUCACAUCUAUCUCUCUACCAUUCAUAUCUAUCUAUCUAUCUAUCUAUCUAUCUAUCUAUCUAAGACUAUUCACAUCUAUCUCUCUGUUCUAUCUAUUUAUAUAUGACUAUUCAUAUCUAUCUAUCUAUCUAUCUAUCUAUCUAUCAAAGACUAUUCAUAUCUAA